AUGAAAAACCUAUGUGUUAGAGUCAUUACCAUGGUUCUAAGUCUUUAUUUUACUGGAACAAGGACCAACCCAUCAAGAAAAAGCAGUAUUUUCAGUUCUGAGUGCCAGUGGAAUGGAUAUGUUCUGACAAAUUGUGCCUUUACUGGAAAGCAGGAUACACCUGGGGACAUCUCACAGACAGCAGCCACAGUGGAUGUGAGUUCCAAUUUCUCUAGGGUCCUCUUACAACCGCCCACGAAAGAAGAACAGAACAGAAAACGUCUGGACCUCAGUAACAAUCUCAUAUCGAAAGUAAGCUUCAGCCCUCUUGCCCAUUUACACGGCUUGGAAAUAUUAAACCUCAGCAACAACGCCAUCCACUCCUUCUCAUUGGAUCUACCCAGUCCGAAGUCCUCCGGGGUGAAACGCCACAGAAGCCGCUUGAGAAGUGGGCUUCCACAUCUAAAGCUGCUGAUUCUUCAAAGAAAUAAACUCAGUGACAUUCCCCAGGGAUUGUGGAAACUGAAAUCAUUACAGAGUUUGGACCUGUCAUUUAAUGAGAUAUUGCAAAUUGGUGUGCCUGAUUUCCACAACUGCCUGCAAUUGGAGAACCUCUAUUUAAGAAACAACAAGAUAUUCAGAAUUCAUCCAGAAGCCUUCAAGGACCUCAAAAAAUUACAGGUCGUGGACCUCAGCAACAAUGCUCUGACGGCCGUCCUGCCCAUGGUGGCCAUCGCCCUGGAACUUCCCCACCUGGAGGCUGGCCUGGCCGGUAACCAAUGGCACUGCGACGAUAGCGUGGCGGUCUUCCGGAGUUUCAUUUCUGAAUCCUGGAGGAGAAAGUGGGAUGCAAUUUGCAACAAGUCUAUCAUCGGGCUCGAGGCGGCAGACCGGUGGGCUCCCAAAAGCAGAAUUCCCAGGGAGACCCGGCUUCCUCACCCCGACCUGAAUCCCGGGAAAAGCCUCACAAGGAGCAAGGCUGCGAGCCCCCGGGACGGAGCGGACGGAGCGGACGGAGCGGACGGAGCGGACGGAGCGGACGGAGCGGAUGGAGCCGGGGGCGCGGGCAGCCCGAGGGCCGGCGAGCCCCCGCAGGGCAAGGGCCAGGACCCCUGGAGCGGCCCGCCGGCCCAGGGCCUCGAGGACAACCUCGCCCCCCAGAAGGCUCGGGGGGAAUGUGAGAACCAGGAGGCGCACUUGGAAAGACCUUCCAUUUCUGGUUCAGACUCUGGUUCAGACUCUGGCUUGUACGAGAGUCGAAGGGAACAUGCCUGGAGCACCCACAAACGUGGCAGCCCGUGGACCUUGCCCGGGUCCCCGGGCGACAGUCCCCCCGGGGACGCGGUCCCGGGCGUGCCCGCUGAGGCCGAGCACUGGCACCGCUCCCUCCGAGACCUGGAGUUCUUCCGUGCGGGUGCUCCGCCGCCCACGCCGCCGCCCACGCCGCGCUCCGCUGCAGCUCCCGCGGGCCCUGGCGAGGCCGCCUGGGGAGAACCUAAGACCCUCACAACGAGACUGCAAGGCGGGCAGCAUGCCCUCCAGCCUGAGGGCCCCCGAGGCCCGCGAGUGGGGGGGCGUCCCCCGGGGGACCGUGACUCCAGAGACAUGAGCCCAGCACGACUCGCACAGCCCUGCGGCGAGGAGCCAGCCCUUCAGGGUGAAAGGGGAGGCGGGGGGAGAGUUCUGAAGAGGGCCCAAGAGCAAGAUUCCCUUGGCCGCGCGCUCACGGGCUGUCACGGGGCUGCUGCGCCCACUCUGGGCCCUUCCAACCUCUGCCACUCUUUACUCACUGGAGGCACCUUGGGCAGUGACUGUGACGACUUGGCCGGCCCAGCCGGCAGCAGCAUGGUCCUGGCCCAAGCUGUGCUGGUGGCCUCAGCCUCUAACUGUGUGCAGGGUGGCCCCUAA